CAUUGAUGACUUGAACAAAUGGGCCCUCUAUCUUGUUUCUCCUCUCAUACUUGAAGCCGAACACAUAGCAUUUGUGACAGAGAGCGUUUGGGUGCAGGGGGAGAAUCUGCAGAGGCCGUCUUCCCCUACAGAAACCAUUGUGAGGUGGUCAGACUGUUGUUUGCCGUUAGCUUGCAGACCUGGGGACCCUUACCAGUUAAUCGCCAAAGCGAGCGUGGAUGACUUCAGCAAGCUGGGGGUGGCGUUCAUGGAAGACAGACUCCAGAUGGCUAACGGGUUGAUACCCCAAAAGAUUGUUUCGGUGCACCUGCAGGACUCCACUCUGCAGGAGCUGAAGGACCAGGCCGCGACCAAGCCAUCCCGCAGCCCGCAGCCGAGCCCCGGACCUGCUGUCCAGGGCGAGCCUGAGCCGGGCGUCAUGGAGCACGUCGGCAAAGAUGACCCGGCGGUCCUCGGUGCAGAACCCACCCCAGGGCGAGGCGGCGCCCCCGGGAACGAGGCCGCUGGCGAGAGCGACAGAGGAGAGGCCUGCACCGAGCUCUGCGGCCUCCACCUGUCCAGCUGCCACGAGUGUUUGGAGCUGGAGAACAGCACCAUCGAGUCCAUCAGGUUUGCAUCUGCAGAAGACAUUCCCGAUCUUCCCUACGACGCCAGCGGCGGCGGGGAGGGUGCGGCUGAGGCCACCUGCCCCGAGAGAGAAGGGAGGAGAGCCAACCUCACGGGGAAGGCGCCCAACAUCCUCUUCUACGUGGGCUCUGACUCCCAGGAGGCCCUGGACCGGCUGCAGCAGGUCCGGGCCGUUCUGGCUGACUGCGUGGACCCCGACAGCUACACGCUCUACCACCUGCCGGAGGAGCGCGCGCUCCGAGACCCGUGGCCAGACAACUGUCUGCUGUUGGUCGUCGCCACCAGGGAGCCUAUUCCCGCAGACGUGCAGCAGAGGUUCCUGGCCUACCUCUCCCAGGGCGGGAAGGUGCUGGGCCUGUCUUCGUCCUUCACGUUGGCCGGCUGCCGGCUGACCGGCAAGGACGCGCUGCAGGAGACGGUCCAGAGCCUGGUCUUCUCCAAGGCCGACCAGAGCCAGGUGACGCUCAGCGUCCUGAGCAGCGGCUGCGUCUAUGAGCAGGAACCCGGGGAGCCGCUCCGCCCGGGCCAGCUCCAGGGCCGCCUGGAGAACGCGGACCAGGACAGGCUGAUUGUGCAAGUGCCUUUUGGAGCGCGCGGAGGAGAGGCCGUGCUUUGCCAGGUGCACCUGGAACUACCUCCCAGCUCUGCAGUCGUGCAGACUGAAGGAGACUUCAACCUGCUCACGUCCAGCAACCCGAGGAGGUGCGAAGUCCUGAAGGAGAUCCUGACCACCCUCGGCCUCAGCUGUGACGUGCAGCACGUUCCUGCCUUAACGCCCCUUCACCUGCUGCUGGCGGCGGAGGAAGUCCGGGACCCUCUCCUGCGGUGGCUGGAGAGACGUGUGGAUGCUGGAGGAGUGAUAAAAUCCAGCCAGCUCUCCCUCACCUUUGUCCCAUCCUACUCGCCUGAAAUGGAGGUCACCCCAGCGGCUCUCCCCGUGGUGACCGACGCGACGGCCUUCUCGUCCGCACAUUUUGACUUGGAGAUCUACCGGCAAAACUUGCAGACAAAGCAACUGGGGAAAGUAAUUCUGUUCGCUGAAGUGACGUCCUCCACCAUGAAUCUUCUGGACGGGUUGAUGUUUGAGAUGCCGCAGGAAAUGGGUUUAAUAGCCAUCGCAGGCCGCCAGACACAGGGCAAAGGGCGAGGAGGGAACGCGUGGCUGAGCCCCGCAGGAUGCGCUCUUUCCACGCUGCUGGUCUCCGUCCCACUGAGGUCCCCGCUGGGACAGAGGAUCCCGUUCGUCCAGCACCUGAUGUCCCUGGCUGUGGUGGAGGCGGUCCGGUCCAUCCCCGGGUACCAGGACAUCAACCUUCGGGUGAAGUGGCCCAACGACAUUUACUACAGUGACCUCAUGAAGCUCGGCGGAGUUCUGGUUAACUCGACGCUUGUGGGAGAAACGUUUUACAUUCUUAUUGGCUGUGGAUUUAACGUGACUAACAGCAACCCCACCAUAUGCAUCAACGACCUCAUCACAGAAUACAAUAAGAAGCACGGGGCGGACCUGGCGCCCCUGAGAGCUGAUUGUCUCAUCGCCAGAACGGUGACGGCGCUGGAGGGCCUGAUUGACACAUUUCAGGACGCAGGGCCCAGCGGGGUUCUCCCCCUUUAUUACAAGUACUGGGCACACAGUGCCCAGCGAAUCCGCCUGGGGAGCGCCGAGGGGCCAGAGGCGUGGAUCGUCGGCCUGGAUGACUCCGGGUUCCUCCAGGUUCACCAGGAGGGUGGCCAGGUGGUGACUGUGCAUCCGGACGGCAACUCCUUCGACAUGCUCCGCAACCUCAUCGUCCCCAAGCAGCGGUAGUGCCGUGGGAAGGCGGCCGGGGGCGCGCAGAGCGGCCUGGCGCUGGGACCACUCAGGACUGGCCCCGGGCGUGGCCACCGCAGCAAGCAUUCCAGUUCGGGCCUGCUCUUUCCUUGCCCACAAAUCUAGAACGCUAGCUUAGAGGUGUGGGCGAACGUCCUCUCCCUCCGGUUAACCUGUUAGUCCUUGAAUUUUGUUCUGUCAGUUAUUUCCUCUGGUGAUGGGAGAAGAUGGGGAGGGGGAGGGGAGGGUUGCCGCGAGGGAAAGGUUUAGUUCAGGUAAAGCCCUACCAAAGGUGUGACAUUGUCCCUCCUCUGAGGCCUGGACGUGUGUUUAUUGCAACCCCCCAAAUAUUUUUACCUGGAAACCAUAAUGGAAUAAUUCAAACCUUUCCCAGCGGUGGAGACCUUUCCCCCUCGACUAUUAAAAGGCAAAUCAGAGACAGCUCUGGGCUGCGCAUUGGUAGCGGAGGUGCAGCAGCUGUUUACAGCCCCGGCGGCUUCCUGCGGGGCAGACUGGCACUCCGGCAGCGGCGUCACUUUUGUGUUAAUGAAGAGACCGGCGGUUGGAGGUCCAAUGGCAGGGUCUGGUGGCCACAGAGGCACGUCAGCUGGGCUGGCUGCGAUGAUGAUCGUGCAGAGGAAAUUGGUUAAUUACUCUGACUGGUUUCUGAGCUCUCCUUUCAGAGCUUUAAUUUCACUGCGUAUUCUGAAGUGAUGGGAUCAGGGUCAGGGCCCUUCAGGGCUGAUGAGGCCUUGCCCAGAUGUGGGUACGCCCGAACUGACGGCUGGGGAUGGAGGCUCGCGCUGGCAGGGAGGCCUGGGAGCUUUGGAGCCCGUGGAGGCGGCUUUGGAACGUUCUAGUGAGACUGCUCACAGGACACAGAAGCACGUGGCCUGGUAUUUGUCAAUCAUUAUUUUUUGCCCCUUCUGAUAUCGACAAGAAAGAAAAUGUGAUUGAUUUGGAAUGCCAUCAUUUAAGGUUGUGUGUGUGUGUGUGUGGGGGGGGGGUGAGUGCACUCUUUAAACUAUCUUCAAAAUCUGAUAUACUAAGUCUCCACUGAAGAACAAAAGAAAGGAAGCCUUUUGAUAUCCAUUGCUGUUUCCAGAUGUACUCCACGCUUUUUCCAUGUAACUGCUAUCUCUGUUGAAUGUGUGAAUCAUGCAUAUUACUUUUCAGCCUUAAAAGGCCGAUUUUUGCCCACUUUUCUCUCUUCCUGCCAGUCCCAAGUGAAAUUAGCGGAAAGAAAACUGGUGGCGCGCUGAGCUUUGAACAAAACCGCCUGAUUGUGCAGCCAGCACCAUCUUCACCCGCCCUCAGCCGGUCAGGCUGGAGGAGGAGAUCAGGGCGCCCUCGGCCAGGCACGGGCAGCCCCGCAGGAAGGGAGCAAACGAAUGUUCAGUACACCCGCCCAGUAUGUGUUUUUUGGAAAUGUAACUUUUUAAAAAGAAGUUCAAAAGUAAUUUUUGCAACCAAGACUUCAGUUAGAAUUACUACCCCCGCCCCCAAAGGUCCCUCUCUUCUAAAUGCCCGUCUUCUUUUGGAGUUAGUCCCAAGCGUAAAUAGACGUUCACCCCACCCCAACACUACGAAACGGACUCGCCCUUGAGAGGGGUCUGCAAAGCAUCACCAAGAAGAGCGAUCUCGGGUGCAUUCGGCGCAGACUUGGUAACAGAAGGCAGGUCAUCUCUCAGAGCCGCCGUCAUGACUUGCCCGUUUCUUUGGGGGGUUAUUUAAUGAAAAACAUGCUAUGUUUUGUUUUAAGCCUAAGUUCUAUUCUGGACAGCUCUGCAUUGGGGGAAAAAUGUUAUCAUUUAAUUUCCUUUCUGUAAAUUAAAACUAAUGAAGUGUGGCCAUGUCGGAGCAGAGGGAGCUGCGGGCGGCCGGCCCGUGUGUGCGAGGCUGCGCUUGCUUGUGCCCCGUCCCGUGUCUUCAGGGAGACAAAGUGGACUUGAAGCAGAUGCUGAGCUUUUCCCAAAGCCGAUUCUGCCCCAGAUGAACCAAAGACUUUUUGAAAUUCUGCUUCGCGUAGAGCAGCUGCAUACAGACAUUUCCUUAGAGCUGUCAGCACCAGGGGACCCCCCCCUCCUCCAUGUGGGGUGACCAUGCACCCGGCAGUCUCAUCCCAAGGAGCUUUUCAAGUCUUAACAGAAAUUACGUGGUCUUCAGCCUCUGAAACAGGACACUGAACUCAGGGUUGGUGUGUGCGUUUAGGACAUGGAGUGGUCCCCCAGUGUGGAGGCUGCGCUUGAGCAUCGGACAGGUUAUGAGCUUAAAGCAGGUUUGGGGGACACUUUUAAAAGUGCCUGCUAACAUAGGAUCCGCCAGAGCUGGGCUUCCUGUGGCCCAUGGAGCAGGGGAUGAGGAAAGCCACUCCUGGAGGACUUCCGGAGCCGGCUGGGCAGCCUGGCUGCAUGCACAGGGCGUGGGCUAAGUGGGAAGGAUUUGUGUCUGGUGUGAAACAGUCCUGGGGUUCAUGACUGCAGCACCCUCACUUGUGACCAGACAGAGAGGUAGAGGCACAGGCUCAGGUUGGGUAGCACACCCCGCCCCCACAUACACCCCAGAGUCUGAAAACCUGGAGAAGCCAGCCUCACCCAGCAGAUUGAGAAUGCAAUGAGACAUUUUAGGCUGACAGUCUGUAGACCCGACCCGUUUGCUGCCAACAGACAGAAAAUGGAGAAUCUUUAUUCCUGGGUAAUUGCUAUGCAUAUUCGAAAUAAAAGGAAGUGGUGAUCUUUGCAUUUUUAGCUUUUCAAAGAAUCGUGUCUGAAAAGUAAUUACUUUAAGCCGAUGCCUAUAAAACACACGUCUACCAAAAUAAACUUUAAGACUUUCU